GAGGCAGUUGGGAAGUUUUGUGUGAGCGAGGCCCUCAGACAGGUUAGCUGCCUGCACCGGAGAAACCAUGGCGUCCCUUUCAAUGGCUCCAGUUAAUAUCUUCAAGCACGGCGCCGAUGAGGAGAAGGCGGAGACAGCCCGCAUGUCCUCCUUCAUUGGUGCCAUUGCCAUUGGGGAUCUGGUUAAAAGUACACUAGGACCAAAAGGAAUGGACAAAAUCCUGUUGGGCGGUGGACGAGAGGGCUCAGUCACAGUGACCAAUGACGGAGCCACAAUCCUCAAGGCCAUUGGAGUUGACAACCCUGCUGCCAAAGUUUUGGUUGACAUGUCCAAGGUCCAGGAUGAUGAAGUAGGGGACGGCACCACCUCCGUCACUGUGCUGGCUGCUGAGCUCCUCAGGGAAGCGGAGCUCCUCAUCGCGAAGAAGAUCCACCCCCAGAUCAUCAUUUCGGGGUGGAGGAAGGCCACGCAGGCCGCUCGUGAGGCUCUGAAGGCAGCUGCCGUGGAUCAUGGGAGUGACCCAGCACGCUUCCAGGAGGACCUGCUGAACAUCGCCCGCACCACCCUGUCGUCCAAGCUGCUGACCCACCACAAGGACCACUUCUCCAAGCUGGCCGUGGAGGCCGUGCUGCGGCUCAAGGGCUCCGGAAACCUGGAAGCCAUCCACGUCAUCAAGAAGCUGGGCGGCAGCCUCACCGACUCCUACCUGGAUGAGGGCUUUCUGCUGGACAAGAAGAUCGGAGUCAACCAGCCCAAGAGACUGGAGAAUGCUAAAAUCCUCAUUGCCAACACCGGCAUGGACACAGACAAGAUCAAGAUCUUUGGAUCCCGGGUGCGGGUGGACUCCACAGCGAAGGUGGCAGAGAUUGAGCUGGCGGAGAAAGAGAAGAUGAAGGAGAAGGUCGAGAGGAUCCUUAAGCACGGCAUCAACUGCUUCAUCAACAGACAGCUGAUCUACAACUACCCGGAGCAGCUGUUUGCCGCGGCGGGCGUGAUGGCCAUCGAGCACGCAGACUUUGUGGGAGUGGAGCGCCUCGCUCUGGUCACAGGGGGAGAGAUCACGUCAACCUUUGACCAUCCCGAGCUGGUCAAGAUGGGUCACUGCAAGCUCAUCGAGGAGGUGAUGAUCGGAGAGGACACGCUCAUCCACUUCUCCGGAGUAGCGAUGGGCGAGGCCUGCACCAUCGUCCUGCGCGGCGCCACGCAGCAGAUCCUGGACGAGGCCGAGCGCUCGCUGCACGAUGCCCUCUGCGUCCUCGCCCAGACCAUCAAGGAGACGCGCACGGUCUACGGAGGAGGAUGCUCGGAGAUGCUGAUGGCCAAAGCAGUGACAGACCUGGCCAACAGGACACCAGGGAAGGAGGCGGUGGCCAUGGAGUCCUUCGCUAAAGCGCUGAGCAUGCUGCCGACCAUCAUCGCAGACAAUGCUGGCUAUGACAGUGCAGACCUGGUGGCCCAGCUGAGAGCCGCUCACAUGGAGAACAAGACCACCUUCGGCCUGAACAUGACCCAGGGCACCAUUGGCGACAUGGCAGAGCUGGGCAUCACCGAGAGCUUCCAGGUGAAGAGACAGAUGCUGCUGAGUGCAGCUGAGGCUGCAGAGAUGAUCUUGCGUGUGGACAACAUCAUCAAGGCAGCGCCCAGAAAACGAGUACCAGACCAUCAUCCCUGUUAAACACCAGGGCCGUAUGGAGAUAAGUGGCAGGGAAGAGGAGAGGAAAAGCCUCUAUUUAUCACCUGAGGUCACCGCCAAGCUGGUUGCCAUCUUGUUGGGUGUAGACACUCGUUACUGUUGAGUGUUCAUUUGAGGCAACACUGUUGGAUAAAGUUCAGUAAUAAGCCCUUCGUUUGUACUUAAGUAAGCAUUUGUUACAUAAUAACAGAUUGGCUAUAAUAAUUAGCAGUAGCAGUUUAGCACUUUGAAUGACAAACAAUAAAUUAACUGGCUUCUCAUGUAUCAGAUGUCUUAUGAGUGUAGGUAAUGGCUAGCAAAAUGCAAAACUGCAUUAUGCAAAGGUGAAUGUCUUCUAUUAGCCCUCUUUACAAAAUUUUAGUUGAUGCUCUUAUGUAAUCUGUUAUAAUGUAACUAAGUUACUUAAGUGUUUAAUAGAAAACAAAGCUUUAUUAAAGUUUAUUACUGAACAUUAUUCUUAUUAGCGCACUGAGGACAGAGUGGGUACUGGGUGUGUGCUGUAGAUAACCAGUGUUCAAGCAAAUGGAAGUUAUGGACUUUGUUUACUGAAUUAAAAAUCAAAAAUAGUCACAUUA